AUGCAGCCAAGUAGUUUAAAAGCUAUAGCGCUAAGAAGUUUCUUUUUAACAGAUGUGGUUUCGUAUAUUUCUUGGACGAAGCCUCCCAAGAGAAGGCCGUGGGGUUUUCCCUUUCCUGGAAAGAAGAUUGGAGGAUGGGAUGUAUUUGUUAAGGCUGUACCGAAACUAUCCUGCAAGUUUAGCCCUGAACUGUUGGCUGCUUCUCACAGACUCACAACCACCCCACUGUACGCAACCCAGUCUUCUAAGAAGGUAGGUUUAAAGAAGGCUGUGGGACUUGAUGGAAGUGACAUGGGAGGAUGGAAUGUAACUGUUGUGACUGAACCCAAACCAAAUCAAGACAUUGAUCCUGCUUAUGAUUAUCCUAUUGGCUGGGAGGGCCCACCUGGUUAUCGCUGGGCCGACUAUACUGAUGAGCAGCGCAGUAGAAUGUUAUUUGUCUCUCCUUGA